AUGCGCGAGCUUAAAGGGGCGACGCCGGCGGCGGGGUCCGCCCGGAGGAGAAACGCUCGUUUCCCGCCCUCCGCCUGCCUGCGCCGCAGCGGGCGGCUCGGCUGCCGGUGGUCGCGCGGGAGGGGCGACGCCCCCGUGACAGGGCUGGCGGAGGCAGAGGGUGCCAGUGAUGCAAUGGAUAAAUACCUUUUGGAAAAACUGAAGAUGAAAGAAAUCAACAGGCUUGGGAUCUGUGAGACUAAACCAGAACGUUUCAUCACCAGUUCAGAAGAUUUAAUUACACCUUCUGUUGGAAUACUUGUCAAGAUAACUUCUCUGGUUACCUGCAAACUGCCUCAGAGUUCAUCGUGUCAGCUCAACGCCUCUGUAUCUUUUGCGGAACCAUUUUCCCUUCAUUUUGAAAAUAUAACAAGAGAGCUGGUUGAUAAUAUUCUGGAGGAAUUGGAGCUUUGCGUAAUGUUGCUGGAAGCCUGGCCUGGAGAGGGACAGGUAUUAAAAGUAUCAUAUGUAGAAAUCGUCUUCAGGAUGUUAAAAGAUUAUCAUGUUAUCGCCAAGAGCAAGCAUGCAAUAUCCUUUACGUUCUUCACUGACUUCAUUUGGAGGGAUUGGGAUGAUGACAAAAGCUGUGAGAAAUACUCAGCUCUGAAAAAACAUCUGGUAACAUAUAAAAUCUUGUGUUUGGACUUGAUUCGUUAUCAAAGUAGCGUUAAAGAAGAACCAGCAACUAGAGAAGCUGAUGAAUACUGGAAAACAUACUGUGCUAUUUUCUGCAAAUGCAGGAAGCAGUGCUCACUCUUUCCUGUCCGGGUGAAAGAUUUUUCAGUGGACACUCCAUUCCAGCAACAUGAUAAUUUGAACACAGCUUUAGGAAGUUGGUACAGUAGAGACCAUGCAGUCAUUUUCCCAGGAGAAUAUGAGGCUGUAAACUUAUCUCUGUUAACUAGAGACAUUAUGAUUGGACCUGUCGGUACAGCAGAGAACGAGCAGUCAAUAGUGUCGCGGCUGCUGCAUCUGGCAUCCGUGCUCACUAGGGCUUCCCUGACCGUCACAGAUCAUGAAAUUACUGGAGCUCAGGGCUCUGCAGUUGAGCUGUACACAAGAAGCACAGCCAUCUUAGAGACUUAUAAAAUUCAUCAUUGUACUAGUACCAGAACCAGUGAGACCCCACAUCACAGCCAGGGGGGCAUUAAUGUUAAGGUUGUUCCUGAACCCAAACUGGAAAAGAAAAAUAAUCGCAUUUUCAGGAAUGGUGGCACAGAGUGA